UUUUCUACUUCAAUCUAUAAAAAAAUAAAAUUUAAAAGUUUGUGAUUUUUUUUACAUACCUACCUUGUGAAAUAAAUAGUAUUCACUUUUCAGUAUAUUUUUUUCUAAUGGAACCACUGAAUGACAUGUCAAACGAAUGGAUGGAAUCAUUUUCCCCCGCUCCAGAAGACUGUACUAACUCAGCUACAUUUGUAAAAAAAAUAAGUUGGAUAAUGAUCAGUACUAUUUCAUAUUUGAAGGACGCGUUGCCCGAAAACAGUUACACGAUGGAAACUUUUAAAGAUUUCAGAUUACAUAUUUUAAAAAAGGACUGUAGUAACGGUAUAGGAAACUUCUUAAGUUCGGCGCUGGCGGACGCUUUCGACGCUUUGGAUAAACAAUAUCUUCGCAAACUGGCGUUCUGCUUCUACGAGCCCGACUGUCAGCUGGGGAACAUGAUAGAGAGUCAUGUCUUCGAGUACGUGUACUACAAGGAAGGCGUAUCUGUGAAGUAUUCGAGGAACGCAGGCGCAUCCACACAGAAGCAUAGCUUCGAAGACCAGACAGUCGACUUGAUGAAGGCCAUCUUCUCUGUGAUGCGCUCUUGUCAGAAUAAGCUUCCCACUGUAUUCGGCAUCAGUCUAAAGCUCUUUUACUAUAAAGACACUCCGGAGGACUACGUCGCGCCCGGGUUCAAGUCUGAUGAGGGCGUAGACCACUCCGAGCACGACCAGACUAAGAAGGGCUUAGUCCUGGGUCGCGUGGACACCGACUUCCAUACGCUUCGCUUCACGUCUUACGUCAAAGAAUACGAGUCCUCCGCACAAACUGCGCCACCGAACCGUGAGGCGUUACCAAAUAUUCCAUCGAUGUCGAAUAAAACAGAAGGAAUAGAUCCUCGCGUGGUGUGCCCGUGCUCGAAGAAAGAUGAUCCGACGCAGUACCAAGACGACGUACUUCUCACUUGUUUUUACUGCAACACGCUGCAGCACGCGGCGUGCUUCGGCAUUUUCGAAGAUGCGACAAGUCUGUCGCGCCACUGCUGUGUCGUCUGUCGCGACGAGGACGCUACGCGACUGCCCACCGACCUCAGGCUUGUGCUUUUGCCGCCUAAGAGGAGAAUCAGCCUGUGCCUGUUCCGGCGCGCGCUGAAGCUGUGCUCGCAGCGCGAGUUCGUGGACGCGCGCGCGCUCGCCGACAGGUUCCGCGAGUCGGCGCGCAACACCACAAGGAUGAUGAGCUCGCUGCACAAGCAAGGCGUCGUCCAGCUGACUCCGGAUAUUCAUUCCAACAAUCCACGAAAUGUAAUUAAGGAAAACAUCAAAAAAGUUUUUGCAAAACUGUGUAGCCUAAGAGAACAGAAUAUAAGCGACAGUCUCAUAGACGAAAUAGAAGGAGCCCUAUCUCAAAAUACGCAAGAAUCUGUGAUAGAGCACGCACUCACGACCAUCGACAAAGAAGACCUCAGCAAUGCUUCCAAUCUGGGGAGGGUUAUAAAGAAACCAGAGACAAGGUCAUACGACGAGAACCCGACUCUGAAAGCUUACAGAGAUAUUUUUAUUACAGAGGAAAUUGUAGAUCCACUCCUAGCUCGUAAUGUUAGCGACUCGGAUAAAAGAAAGAUGGAGGGAACGGUUACUGAUACUGGGAAUAAAAGACGUAAGUUACAACUUCAACGUAAACCGAAGGCUGGGAUGUAGUGUAAAUAAUUUGUUGUUUAAAAUAAGUACCUACAUGUAAUUGUUUUUAUUUCAUUAAUAUAAGAAACAUUAAUUAUCAGAAGAUAUUUAGUUUUAACAACGAAUUAUUUUUGAAAAACAAUAAUAUGAAAGUAAUUUAUAUUUCUGUUGGUAUAUAAUUAAUUUAAGUCAGUAAAAAAUAUUUAAGUUAGGAAAUAAUAAAAGAAAGAAAGAGGUAAUAAUACGUUAUAUACCUACCUAAACGAUUUUGGCCCACAAAACCAUUUUUUUUUUCAAUAAAUAAUAAAAAAAGAAGUACAUUUUAAAAAUAAUUUAUAUUUGUACAACAUAAUUACAUAAAGAUUGUAAGUCAUAUGGUUAAUAAAGUUGAUUACAUUUU